CUGAAAGAGCCGCAGAACGGCCCGACCGUCGGGUCUGCUCGAGUUCAGGCCCGGUUUAGCCGGUCCGGUUCGCCAAUUCCAACUCGCUUCUCCUUCUCCUUCGUUGCGAGAGCGAAACGCGAUGCGCGCGAGGUAAGACGGAGGUGGAGGAGGCGGAAACGGCGAGACCGCGCCGCCCAGCUCGGCCCCGCUCGGCUCGGCUCGGCUCAGCCGCUUUCGGACGCCCGGCUCUCCGGCGGGGACCGUCGCAUGGAUCCGAUCGCGUCGUUCGUCGAAUCGCUCAAGGGGGCGGCCAAAUCCGGCCAGGAGUUCGUCGCCGGCGUCCUCGACCGCCGUGACGGCUCCGGUCGCCGCCGUCCGAUUGAAAUCUUAAAGCGGUUGCAGAGGGAAGCAUUCUCAGAUAUUAUGAAACUGAGGGACAGGCAAGACAAAGUUGAGCGCGUCCUGUCUUUUUAUAAGGUUUCCAAGGACAGUCCUUUCCAGGAAGCUAGUACCCAUGUGAGGGGGGAGGUUGAUGUGUUGGGAGGUCUUCUGAGGAUUAAUAACGUUGAUCAGCAGGAUUAUGGUGCUUUCCCAGGAGCCGGAAUUCGAACUGGAAUUGACACGAAAUUCACUUUCGAAACAACCCUUCGCGAGAAAGAUGUGCUUGUGGCACAGUUUGUUGCUGGUCAAAGGGGCGGAGAACAUGUGAAUGGUUUUCCAGAAAGCCCACCACUUUCCCUAGCAAAAGUGUUCUACAGGGCAUCUCUCAGUGAUUGGUUUUCUGUGAUGGCAGUCCCAGUUGGAGCUCAAUGCAGAGAUGUUGGUGUCAUUUCAAGUUGUUUUCAUCAGGGAAAGGGUCUCACUGAAUAUCCGUGUUCUGGACCUCCCCUGAUAAAUCAUCACAGUGGCAGUGCCAUCGGACUAACCGUAAGAAAAUCAAAUAUCACUGCUUCGCUUGGUCAAUGUGUUUCUGGAUUGCGGAGGCAUAUCGGUUCUCACGGAAUUGAGCAGUUGUUUAGUACUUUCGGUCAAGUUGUGUGUCAAAUUCCAGGAAAAACAAAACUCUCUCUUUUGGGUCUUCAUGAAUUUCAUAGGCUAUCAAAUCAACAUCUUUCUUGUGGACCCCUUUCAGUUCCUAUAAGUUUACUGAAGCAAGACAGGGAUCGGACCUCAUUUGGAGAAUUUUCCAGUCAAACCAUUAGGAGAGAGCACAGAAGGUUACACCCCAUCUGGAUUGUCGCUGUGAUGCUGGAGUCAGAGCUGGACGAGGAUAUAAGACUAGGAGCUUGGAUGGAGAUGAAAAGGUCAAGUCCCAAACAAGUAGAAUGGGCUGUCAGCUUGUCUAAUGAUUGCAAUGAAGAACUUGGCUGGGGUCUGAGUCUCAGUGGGAUGUCUGAAGGUCAGUCUAGAUGGAAUCGGUUUCAGGCCGAAAGUUAUAUUAAUUUCAACAUAGGCAAGAAAUUCAACCUGCGCCCUGGUGUUGUACAUGUAACGGAUGGGAAGGCCGGAUUAACAGCUUUUAUGGUACGGUCUAACUGGUCCUUUUAAUUUCUGACACGGUCAAGUUCCAAUUCUUUUUGAGGUAGGGUGUUAGCAUUCUUCAGUUAUGUUGGUGGCAGAUUACUUUCUUUUCUUUAUAACAUGUAAUCACUUAGAUUGUGACCAUAUGAUAGCGGAUUGGUAUGUUUGAGAAAAGGGUAGGAACCUUGGAAAGCUGUCUAGUUCUGAUGCUCUGUCAGAACUUGCCAGCCGGAAUGCUGCAGAACAGCUCGUCUUUGCGGUGAAAUGAGAAGGCCAUUGAA